AUGUCGGGACUUCAGUACUUCUCGUAUAAAGGUUAUGGCGAAAAAUUGUUGCAGGAGAUGCAUUACAGUCAAGCAGUCAGGGUGGGGGAUAACAUUGAAAUAUCUGGCCAAGGGGGUUGGGACUCAAAGACUGGAGAGAUUCCCAGCAAUCUCAUGCAGGAGAUCGACCAAGCAUUUGAAAACGUCGACAUUGCCCUGAAGGAAGCUGGCGGCCAAGGAUGGUCACAAGUCUUCCGCAUCCGGUUGUAUGCACUUGACGAGGCCUGGACUGAAGAUGGCCUUGGCCGAAUGGUAGAGAACAUGAAGAAGUGGACUCCCAACCAUGCGCCAAUUCUAACAGGUAUUGGGGCCUCAAAGCUUGGGCAACCCGGUAUGCGGCUCGAAGUUGAGGUCUCGGCCUACGACCCCAAAGGUCCUAGAUAG